UAAUUUUUAACCAAAUUUUAGCCUGUCCUGAAGGAUGGUUUGGUAGUAUGUGCAAAUCACGCUGCAAGUGUACAAACUCUCUAGGCUGUGAUCCAGUUUCAGGUACCUGUGUUUGUCAAAAAGGAUUUACUGGAGAAAUGUGUCAGCAAACUUGUCCUCCAGGGUUCUUUGGUAUCAAUUGCCAAUUUAAAUGUCAGUGCAAUAAUACAUGCUGUGAUCCCACAAGCGGAUCUUGUAGUGUUCCUUACAAUUCCAGUAUUUACGGCUAUUCAAAAUGUAUAGCGCAACUUCUUGUUGAUGAUCAGCAUUUAAUUAAGGAUAAUCCUAGUGAAAGAUGGAGAUUGUACACCACAAUGAUCAUCUUGGGAGUGAUUACUGCCAGUUGUAUUGCCUCAUGUUUAUUAAUUUCUUGCUUAACAUGCUCUUGCUAUUGUCAAAAUGAACAGCUACUUUGCUUUAAGAAAACUAAGCAUUCCAGUAGCAAACACAAACUGACACUACCCAGCGGAUAUUUAUCUGAUUCUUUGUCUGAUAGUGAAACAAUUCCAAUGAAGAAUUACCGUGAAAGUUGAUGUACAUCUUUACAAAUCUUAACUUUGAAACAUUCUAUUAAAUCUUAAAUUGCUAUUUUUAUACUUCUGAAAAUCAUGAUGAAUAUUAUUGCUUAAAAUACUUAGCUACAAAACUUGUACGUUUCUGAAUGUAUAUAAUCCUAAAGCUGUUAGUGUUAGCGAAGUGCUUUGUAUUAUUAAAUCAAAUGCAUUUAAUAUCCUGUUCAAUUAUUUGAGGUGAAAAUUUUUGAAUUUCGGUAUGGGCAUUGCAGUUGAUGAAAAGAUAUCAUUUUGAGUAUUAUUUUACUGUAGUCAAGGGGUUAUUCAUUUUAAUGUUCAUAUUAUUUCUUGCAAACUAGUCAUCAUAAUUUUUCAUGUACUCUUAAUUGAAUUCCUCUUUUAUCUUAAGCAUUUAUUGUUUUUGUAUUUAUAAAAGUACUUUGUCUAAUCAAAUUAUUCUUAAAUUACUAUGGAAUUUGUUUAAAAAAAAUUAUAAUUAUCAAAUCGAUAAUUAUUUAUUGAAAAGUUAUUCCGAAAUAGCUGUAACUUCACUUACUUUAUUAAGUUAACUGUUAAGUUUGUGAAUUUUUAUUCUGAAAAUGUUAUGAAGGACGAAAUGUUUAUAAACAUUAUAUAUGUAUAAAUACUUAAAUUCAGUAAAUUGACAAUUAAUAUAAUUUUUUUUUAAUAUAUAGCCAGUUUUAGCUUGAAAUGCCUACAAAAUUUAAAGCAAUUCUUGUUUCCAAAUUAUAUUUUUUAUUAAAUGCUUGCCUUUUUAUGGCCUAAAUUAUUAUUAAAAAUAUAUAAUUUUGUAUUUCAUCAUUUCAUAUAGCAAUAAUUCAAUUUGCUUUUUCUAUGUUAUUGUGAAUUCUUACGUUUUUAUUAGUAUAUGCAUGAAAAUCGCAUUUAUAUCUUUAUCUUUAUAAUCUUUCGGCACUGUCAAAAUAAUGUAUAGUCUGUCACUUUAUAGCUUUGCAGUUUAGAAUCAUUUUACAGUUUUAAGUAACCAUUAAUAAUCCAGAGAAAUUGUCUCAGUAUGGAAGUAUUUGUCUUUUUAAAGAACUAAUUGUUAAUAUAUAAUGAAUUUAAUUUUUGUGUGUCUUAAUUUUGAUUUCAGAAACUGGGCUCAUAAUAUUAUUUAAAUAGAAAAAACAAAACCUGAAAUAAAAAGCAACCAGCAUAAGAAAAUGUGUAUGACAAAAUAAGUAGUGAAGUGACAGACCAUAAGUUAUGUCACUUUUUCUUGGUAUAGAUUUGGUUUUCUCCUGUUCUUUGUCACAAAAUGUCACAUUGCCCCCUCCCCCUUACACUUAAAAAGGAUCUUAAAAUGAAUGUAUAUUCAUUUAAAAAAUUUUAACUGAUUGUAACUCUGUAAAUACAUCAGAAACAUGAUACAAACAAAUUAUUGGCAUUAUUUUUUUAUGAAGUAAUAUUUUUCUACAAAUUUUUAUUGUUAAAAGUUUUAUAAAAUAUAUAACUCAUUUAAUAUUGGAAUUAUGCAUAAAAAAGUAAACUGUGCUCUUUAUAACUUUUUUCCUUUUGUAUGAGAUAUCUGAAAGUCAGUCAUAUUUUCUAGUCUAGUUUGUUUUUAGAUAUUUUCUUCUAGCUGGCCUUAGUUUAAGAAUUCAUGCAAUUUCAUUAAAAUUGGUUGCUAUUAUUCUAAUAAAUUAUCAGUGUUCAUAAAAACUUCAAUGUUAUAUUUGUUUAUAUUUGUAUUUCUGUACGAAAUUCUAGUGGUAUACUAAAAAUACUAGCCGUAGAUGUCUUACAUAAUCUAGUCGGAUACCAAAUGUUAGAAUCAUGUUAACUAUACCAAACUUUAUCUUUUCAAUGUUAUUAAUCUGUGAUCUGAAUGCUUAAAUUUGGUGUCUAUUUCACAUUAAAAGAAAUUGAAUCUGA